AUGGCGCUCUGGGGCACACUCCGCCACCGCAUCAGCGGCUCCGCGUCGCCGCCAGACGCGGGCCACGUCGUCGACGACUUUUUCCACAAGACGCCCGUCGACCCGCGCUGGGCGCUACACACUGUCGAGCAGCAGACCAACGCGUUCGUCGCCGAGCAGCUCGCGCUCGAGCGCCGGGGCAUCGCACUUAUCACGUCAGGGGCGACGGCCGUACCGCUGGACAUUGGCGACGACACGUUUGUCGACGCAGCGCCAGAGCUCCAGGAGCUCCAGGGCCCAGCGGUGGCUGAGUACUUGCUGCAGUUGGGCUACGCAGUCAUUUUCGUGCACCGCGAGCACUCGAUGCGGCCGUUCACGCGCCACUUUGAACAGCCCCUUCGCAGUGGCGCGUUCAUGGAGAUGUUGCGCGUGCACGAACACGGAGUAGAGCUCUCGGGCGUCGACCUCGCGCAGCAGGUGCACUUCCAGCAGAUCGUGCAGCUCCACGCCGAGUGCAGCGCGCGUGUGCUGUACCUGAGCUUCACGUCGGUGCAGCACUACCUCAUGCUGACGCGGGUCACGGCGACAGCGAUGGCCGCGGCGAAGGAUCGCGGCAUUGUGGUCCUGGCCGCAACGCUCAUGGACUUUUACGUGCCGGUGGACGCUCCUGCUGCAGCAACUGAAGCAGUGGACACAAAAUGCAGCGCAGAAGCGACGUCGACUACGUCUUCUUCGUCUUCGUUGGGAGACGGGAAGAGCAAGUUUGUGAAAAAGGUUGCCAAGAAAGUGGCGAAGAAGAUAAGUGGCGAGUUCUCGGUCAACUUUGUGCGCGUGCCGGACAUCUUGCAAAAGAUCCGCAAGGACUGGUGCCCCAAAGCUUUUCUGGUGAUAUGCAAACAUCACCUCGCAAGCGGUGCAGCCAUUGAGGCUGCACACAACGACCUGGAGAAGAGUGGUGUCGACGUGAUUGCUGGGUACUACCACCCGCGUGAAAUGUUGCUCAUUACCGAGCAGGAGGAAGCCAUCGUGACGUGUCCCGGCGACGAGGAUAUCAACGAUGCGUUUGCUUCUGCUGUUGCGAACAUGCACCGCAGCUUUCGUCGAAAACGCGAGAUUCUGUCGCGUGGUAAGCAGCUGCUGUUGCUGUCAGCAAAGUUCUCGAUGCUCAAGGAGAACGACGUCGUGAACGAAGACGCGGACGGAAACAAGAAUGUACAAUUUGGUCUGGGUGUCAAGAUCCGUGCUGAUCGUCGGGCGCCGGAUGCUAUUGCGCCUGUCUACGAGCUGAAGCACAUUUUCCAGAACAAAAGCCGUUGUGCUCGAGCUCAUGUCUGGGAAGGUGAGGUGGGACAUCCAUCGGGCGAGUCCACUCGCGAUGUGGUGGUAGCAUUCAGUCCUGCUGGUAAUCCAGAAACGAUUCGCGAUGUGUGGGGAGACUUCUGGUCUGGAUGGGCCGAAGACGAGUUGCGGGAGUUCAAGACAGAGAUGAAGGGCAUGUCGUUUUCAUCAGCAAUCAACCUUGUGACGUCGUCGGUUUCGGGCGACUACGAACCUGCCUCUCAGCUUUUGAAGUUCAUGUGGAGCAAGAUCGGAAGUGCCUGGUCAGACGGCGAGAAAACGCGCGUGCGUCAGAGUAUACAAAACAUGAUGGCUGUGGCGUUGGAUCGUGGACUCACGGAACCAGCUGGAAUCUCGAUCUUGGAAAAGCUCAUGCGUAAGCCGCGAAUCCAGCGCUUUGACUCACUGGUACUGGAUGAGCCGACGGCGAUGCCAGUGCACGCACAAACCCAUACUCGACGCCGUCGUCGAGACAGCGACACAGAUAGCACUGGGUCCGAAGAAACGAACCCUGUGCGACUGAGCAAGGCUCGUGUCGUCCGCGUGCAUCGUGCGAUCAACGACUACAUGCAGGACAUGAUUAAAGAAGGACUGCUUGACACGAUUCUCCAGUACGUCGAACAGGGCGUACCUGUGCAUGUGACUGGCUAUAGCAUGGGAGGAAUGCUUGGUCAGCUGUUGAUGUUGUACUUGGGCGAUCAUGCGCGCAUGAGCCGCUGGGACGCAAGCAAGAUCAAUUUCGUUGGCUUUGGUUCCCCUCGCGUAGGCGACAUCGGCUUUGCAGCUCGACUGCAUGUGCUCUUCGAACCGCAGCAACUGCUGAUUGUUAUGCACCCAUCGGACGCGGUGCAUGCCUUUCCUCCUACAGCUGAGGGAUACGCGGACGCCUGCAUCAAGAUUUUCCUCCGCGUGCAUGGAUUGGGCGUCGGUCGUCGCACGCCUGGGCACUUUUCGCUUCUCCCUGUCACCAAAUCCAUCGAUCGCGCUUUCGAGCAUGCGCACAAGGCGCGUGUGCACAAUAAGUCGAACAAACCCGCGUGCUCGUUUUGCCAGAGUAAGGCUCACGUUUCGGCACAGCAUCGGUGUCGCUACUGCAUCGAGCGCGGUUCACAUCGUGGUGCUGACUGCCCAAACCGCAACAAGCCGUGCCUGUUGUGCGGCAAUGCCAAUCAUUGCACGGGUGAGCACAAGUGCCGUGUUUGCCAGCACUACGGCCAUCGUGGUCGGGAAUGCCACGUGCAACGCGAUGUUGGAUUUGCCGAACUGCUGACUUAUUCCCGGUACCAUCACUUCCUUUACUACAACGCGAACCUCAACAAGUCGGUUGAGUUUGUAUCGUGA